AUGGGCGACAACAUUGUCAAAGAGACCUUCGAGGUCAGCGCCGCACAUCCGGUAAGGUCUUUGGCUGUAGGUACUGAAGUUUCGGUUUGUAGAUAUGUAGCUGUUAGCAGAUAUCCAGAGCUCUUGAUUGCCUAGUGAUAGGUAUCCAACUCGUUACAUUAUUUAGGUAAUGAUUGUUUUAGGACAAAGUCGUCGUUAACGGCUGUGAUCUUGUCAAUCGCACCCAAUUGUCAAACUCUCAGAACCGAGAACUUCAACGUUUUAUCGACAGGAAUUCGCACAAACUUGGAUUUUACGACCGUCCACACGGUAAAAUUUGAAAUAGACACUUUUGAUAACUGCUAACGAUACCUAAAACAACCAAACUUGCUUUAAAAUUACUGAAUUUAUUUUACUUUUUCUUUGACAUUAUGCUAAACUUUACCUGCCCUGAUUGUACCCAUACCCCAUAAAAUAAGAUAUCCUUCAGACGAGAAAGAACCAGAAUCCCAAGGUCGCUACAGUUCCCUCGGCUUCGGAGUUCUUCCAGGAAGCCGUCCUUAUGGUUAUGAUGGAGCUGAUCAUUCCAAAGAUAUUGGCUCUGGAAACCGUGUAGACAGUCCUUACUCCGAGUACGGUACCUAUGGAAGCAAACGGUAUGAGUUACAGUAUAAGAAUUCAUUCGUUUUUAGAAAUUCUAUCAAAUCUUCUUCAUUUUGUUGACAAAGAAGAUGUUGAUAAAGCUUUUUGCAAUUGAAAAGAACCUCUUUUAAAAUAUAAACAAUCUAAAAUAUUACCUAAAUAAAACAUUAUAUCUCUACAUCUAGACUAUAAAAUGUGUCAUCCCCAUUGUUUUAGAAAAGGCGUCAAAUUCGCUGAUGGUGUAGAUUCCUCAAAAGCCCAUCCCUUCCCUGAGGACUCUUUUGGUCUAAACAACAGAAGCGGCGCUGGAAAUCCCAGUUCUGGUAACACUGGCUACGGUGAGGCUGGCUACGGUGAUACUAAUGGACUUGGUGGACGUAGAGGAUCCACACAAGGCUACGGUCAAGGUAACACUGGCAUUGGCGACAACUAUGGCAAGAACAGAGGAGGAAGUGGAAAACAAACCCAUCCUGACAACUAUGAUCCUUAUGGUACUAACCGAGCUGGAAAAGCCAACAACAAGAACUUACGAAGCCGUACUCAGAGUCCUGGUGCUGGAGAUCAGUUCAAGGUAAACAACAUAGUCAAAUAUAACAGCAUGGUAAAAAAUUCCUACAUAAAAUAUUAGGGCAUAUAAGAUUUUAUCUUAUUUUAAAGAUUGAGGCCCAUGAAAUCUACUUUUAUACAACAAACAUUAAAUACCGCAUAUUAUCCAUCAAAAAAAAUGAAAAUUUCGAGUUCUAAAACUUACUUUUUCUGUUGUUUCCAUAGAACUUGGCCUUAUUAUUGAAGAUAUUACAAUAUUUUUCCAUAUAAUUCAAGUCCAAACAGAAUUUUGUUCACGACGAAUUUUGGAACGAAAAUUAUCGCGGAAUUUUAAAAUAAACAAAAAGUUGACAUUUUAUAUGCGGGCGCAGGUUGGCAAAGAUUGUUAUUCCUAUUUUUGCAGAGUUUUUUUAGCUUUACAGUUAUUCUGUAAAAAAUGUAAAGCAUAACAAUAUUUUUACGAAACUAUUGUUUUAGUGGAAGCCAUACCAAAGCUACGAAUACGAUGGAAAGAGAAACACGGUCGCUCCGCCAAUCCCACAAUGGCUGAAAGAUCGAAGUGUGACUCCGGCUUAUUCUGCUUUGAACAAACAUCCUGUAAGUCCUGUCCUCAUUUUAUUCAAGUACAUUUUUAUUUUUUGUCAUUUAGCUUUUUUUAUUUUUAUUAUUUAAAAAAAAGAAAAUUAAUAUCGUAUUGGAAAUAAAAGCGGUUCCACAAACUUUCAGACCAAACUAAAUUUUUUUUUAUUUUUUCACCAACAUAUACAGUAUCAAGCUCUGGUUUUUAUUUAUUUCAGACUGUUAUCAUUGAAGCUUGGAGAACUGCUGAUAAAGCAUCCAAUUUUACAGUAACCUUCUCCUAGGAUCUUAUAUAUUAACUUUUAAAAUUGAAUAAUUUUAACUUUUGAGAGUAGGUACAACAAGCCUUUUAAAGUAAUUUGUAUAUUUAAAAAGUAAAAAAAAAUAUUUUAGAUUUUUUAAAAAUAUUUAGAAUGCUAAAGCAAUAGUAAAACAAAAUGACCUUUCAGGACAACUACAACAAGUACGACACGGAGAAGCAUCGUAUCCAAUUGGCCCGCCAAUCCCAAGAAAAAGACGAGGAAAUCAAAUUCUACGGUUUUGGAGAUCGUCUGGGAUCAGGCAUUGAACUGACCCGAAAGCGAUGGACUGGUGGAGAACUUAUUACUGAUCCUACCUUCGUGACCAAGUCUAUCAAGCCGAGAACCAUGUUCUAUUCUCCGAUUGGCGAUGGUUGUGUAGCUGCUGACGGUAUCGAACUGAAGCGAGGACCUCCUGACUUGACUCCGAAGAGAUACGAAUACCACGAAAGAGUGGUGGAACGAGGAGAUACAGGACACGGCGGAGUGAGAGUCACUGAGAAACGGUGGGAUGGUGCGUAUAUUGAUGUAGUUUACAAAAAAAUGUUUUAGUAGAGUAAUGAGAGAACGAGUAGCAGAAAUUUUUUUAGAAUAUUGACUUUUUUAAGCGUUGCGACUUCAGAAGUCUUUAAAAAGUUAUUUAGUAGCAUUUGACUUCAAUAUCUGAUAAGAACAGUCAUUUUCUGACAUUUUUUUAACUUUUAAAUAUUUAAAAAUGGAUAACUUAUAACGUAUUUUUAACAUAAAAGUCAUUUCCAGAUGGAAGCCGAAGAAAUGGAGACGAUGACGAUGGAGGACGUGGCCGAGGAUGGCCAGAUGAUGGUCUUGGAGAUGGGCGAGGUCGACGAGGACCAGGAGACGGUGGGUUAGGUGAUGGACUUGGAGAUGGUCGUCCGAAGAGAGACGACGAUGGAAACCGAGGUUGGCCAAACGACGAUGGAGGAUGGCCAAGAGGAAGAGGAGAGCCAUUUGAUGGUGGAGAUGGAGGGUACCCCAGGUCACUCAGUCGUAAGUGUUAAUUUAGAAUAACAAAUAAGAAAAACGUUUUAAAUUUUCAGAGGAUUUAUAAAAGGUAAUAAAAAAAUUUUAAAGUUUUUAAAAAUGCUAUUUAAAUUAGAUAAAUAUUGUUUUAUGUCGCUUUCAUACAUAAGCUUACACAUCAUUCUUAAAAAGUCUAAAACCCUUACAGCUUUGUCGAUCGGUACCGACGGGUUCCCACGUGAAGGCUGGACCAAGACCUUCAUCACCAAUCCAAGAGAACUGAUCAACCAAUAUGGAAGUGAGACCCUGACCACCAUCUUCGACCUCAAGGACCACACUCCGAAGACGAUGACCACGGUGAAGGAAACCAUCUCUCCAGUGCCUUAA